AACCGAGGGACCGAGUGAGUGAGACACAUGGAGAUUAAGAAAAACAGUAGAAAGAAGGACAUGUGACAGUGAAUACUGGAACUACCUGAACAGUGACAUUUUUACUUUGUAUGGGAGGCAGGAGACAAGACAUCUACUUGUGGAGAUGGGAAGCACGACCCCCACAGGGUACCUCAAUGUGAGUACAGCGACGACCAACAUGUCAGCAGUCCCACCUGAGAAUGAAGAGAGUUACAGUGAGGCAACAAUGAUCCUGCUGGGCAUGAUUAUGUCCUUACUCGUCUUGUGUAUUGUCUUUGGCAACAUCCUAGUAAUAACAGCGAUUGGCCGCUUCCAGCGUCUCCAAAAUGUCACCAACUGUUUCAUCACAUCCCUUGCCUGUGCUGACCUGGUCAUGGGUCUCAUUGUGGUUCCUUUUGGUGCCUGUUACAUUAUCUUUAAGACCUGGCACUUUGGUAGUUUUUGGUGUGAGUUCUGGACUGCCACUGAUGUGCUCUGUGUGACUGCAAGCAUUGAGACCCUGUGUGUCAUAGCUAUAGACCGUUAUUUGGCCAUCACUUCUCCCUUCCGCUACCAGUCGAUGCUGACCAAGGGCAAAGCUCGUAUUGUGGUUGUUCUGGUGUGGGUGAUUGCCGCCUUGAUAUCUUUCCUGCCCAUCCACAUGAAGUGGUGGAUAUCAGAUGAUAAGGAAGCUAAGAAGUGCAUUGAGGACAGUAACUGCUGCGAGUUCAACACCAACAUGGCUUACGCCAUCACCUCCUCUAUCAUCUCCUUCUACAUCCCUCUGGUCAUAAUGGUUUUUGUCUACAGUCGCGUUUUCCAGGAGGCCAAGCAGCAACUGAAGAAGAUUGACCAAAGUGUUGGACGUUUUCAUAACAGCGACAACAUCAACCUCAAAUCUCUGGAGGCCAACAACGGACGAGGCAACAAGAAGGCCAAGUUUUGCCUGCGGGAACACAAAGCCCUAAAGACACUGGGCAUCAUCAUGGGGAUCUUCACUCUGUGCUGGCUGCCCUUCUUUCUGCUCAACGUGGUGGUGGCCAUAUGGAAGGUGGAUAACAUCGACCUCACCUUCAGGAUACUCAACUGGAUAGGUUAUGCGAACUCUGCCUUCAACCCGCUCAUUUACUGCCGCAGCCCUGAGUUCAGGUAUGCCUUCAAGGAACUCCUCUGCAUGAAGAUGAACCACCUCAGGAACCCUGCACCCGUGAAUGGAUACAUCUACAGCAGGCAUAGCUGGCAGAGCGAACAGCAAGGGAGGAGUAAGGGCAGCUCAGAAGACAGUGAUGCCAAUGAAGGGUGUGUGGGGAAGGGAGCGAGGGUUUGCAGUGAGGACAGAGCAGUAGACCCCAACGGGAAUUGCAACAAAGGCCUAAUGACUGUAACAACUGUCCUUUAAACUGGGAUCCCUGAGAUUUGCAUCAACACGGCGAUCCAAACAUGUUUACACUGCUAUCACUAUCUUUUUCCAACUGACUGAUGAAGGUAAGGCCAGCCAAAUUGACUGGUAGAGUCUCUGGAGACUGAGGAAAGAAUUUCUCUUCCUCAAAACAAUAAAUAGAUCACUUGUCCUUUUGUUACAUUUAGCAUUUUUAAUUUCAAUCUACCUCGUCACAUCUUUUUCAAUAUUUCUGUCUUAACUGACUAUAACUGACUAUAUAAACAAUUUCACAUAAACUUACUGUCCACAGGAGUUACACCAGAGCAGGAUCUCAGCUGUUUAUUUACUCUACUAAAUGGUCUGUGUAUUGUAUAAUUGCUAAUUAUCUGGCUCCAGUUGAACUUGUGAGCGUGUUUCACUGAUCAGUGAUCUCACAAUUUACCAGCAUAAAAAGUUUUUGAAAUUCAAAGUAAAUAUGCUGGAGGCUGUAAAUUGCAUUCAGGCAUGCCAAUUCAGCAUGAAUAGUGAGUUCUUAUAUCCAUUAGAAAAUGGACAAGAAGUAUGGAAGGAUCUAAUUUAAUCCCUCUUUGGUGUUUUGUUUGAAGAAAUACAUUCCGCAUCAAGCAAAAUUUUAAUUUUGGCUUCAUUUUUCUUUUUUUAUGGAUUGUCUCAGUAUGAUAGAUGGUCAACAACAGGUGUGGCAGGAUCUCUCUCUCUCUCCUCAUUGCUCAGCAAUGUUGUGAGGCCCUGAUCCGUGCUCUAGUGUUUUACAGCCUUUUGCAUGGAGUUUCUGUUGCCAGCAGAUAGCACCAGAGACAUGAAGUUAUCUUCAUCUCACUGGCUCAAGCUUAGAAACGCCUAGGGCCAUCCUCUCUUAGUCACAUGAUAAAUGAUUGCUAGUUUGUAUACACCAUGAUUCCGUUAUCAGCCCUAAAGGUAUCUCAUAUCUUUCAGUGCAAAGCACAUGGCAUUAUGGUUAAUGUGGUUAAUCCUGUGUAUUGACCUUUAAAGCUUGCAGCUGUUAUAUGCAUACAAUCAAAUGCACUUGUUUUGCUACUGCACAGCCUACCAGACAUGUCUUGCAUUCAGGCCACAGUAGCAACAAUAACAGUUGUCCCUUUUGUUGCACAAGCCCUGUUUGUUUAUUACAUUUUGUGGUUGCUGUGUUUCAGCAUGUACAGGGUUUACUGAAACUGAAGCCGUUUCCUUAGGCAUGGCACAAGGGUACAAACCACACAAUAAUAAACAGUGCAGUCAAAAUAGCCAAGUGAUAACGAAGUUCCAGGCCUGAGACGUAGUGGCAGGGACUACUCAGGCAGAUAAACGGAGAUGAGAAAAACUCCUGCACUCCAGCACUCCUGAGCAGUGCACCUUGGUCACUGCUCCCUGACAAUUCCCAGAGUCUCCUCACUGUAAACGGAUGUCUAGAUCUUUAUGAAAUCAGUCUAACAUUUGGAUAAGACACUCACGCAGUUGUUUCCGUCAGUAUCCUUUAGACGCUGCUUGGUGUGCAUUCUCCAGGAAAUGCCCCAAUCCAGCUGAGCCCAGCCCAAUAAACAUGAAUAAAUCCAUUAUCUCUGCCAUUUAGCUGGGGAAUCAAAUAAUUUCCUCUUAAAAACAACGCUGAAAUAGCUUAGUAGAUUACAAAGUUCCCAAUUUGCAGGUUGUGAUGGGAUCCAAAGGGCCAACCUGAAAUGAGACUCUCUUUCUAAUCACAGGCUCCUGAAAAUGUCCCUUUUUGACUUACGCAAGCACUAAUGGAAAAGACGCACUUAGCAAGCAAGGCUUGAAUUGGAGAUUUCACCCGCUUUUCCCACACUAAAUGGCUGGUGAGACCAUUGCUCUCAAGAGGAGAAAUUGAGCUGUUGAUGCAGAUGUAACCCCCUUUCUGCAGUCAGUUUGGCUAUCUCUAGUAUGUUCUGAUCAAAGUGACAGCAUGCUAAAUGUGGCUACUGAAGGCAGUGGAGGGGGGAGGGGGGCUGUUGCAGGGAUUCUCUGCGAGUCUAAAUCAGUGUUAGUGACCUGUGUUUUAGUGCAUGUAGCGUUGCCUCUGGAGUAAGGUCAGCUGACACUGUCUAAACUGUGAACUUUGUUCCCUCAGAGGAAUCUCUGUGUACUGUAUCGCUAGGUUUGGUCAGCACUGUUGUCAUAGACCAUAGGGACAGACGUAAACACGGUGUCAUCAUACGUCAAUAUUUGCCAUGUGAAAAACAAGCUUUCCAGUAUGGUUUUUUUUUUUUUUUUUUUGUCUGUUUUUCCUUUUCAUGGAUUUACAGCAAAGUAAAUGCAGGGGUUGAAUGUCAUAAAAAAUGUUCUCCAGGUUUUUUGCCCCAACUUUUUCACUGUACAGCAUGCGCAAAGCACAAACCAGAUAUAGAUUCUAGACCAAGAUUUUGAUAUAUGACUAUAAUAUUUAAUAAAUAACAUUUAAUUCAUGCAUUGAUGCUAAAUGAAUGAGUCACUGCUGGACUGAACAAGAUCUGUAUUUAAAGCAUCUGUAAUUUUUAGAAGCACUUCACAAAUGAACAUUUGCAUAUCUGCUAUGUAUGGUGAUGUGUGGUGAUGUGUUUGUGGACAGUGGUGCCAUUUCCUUUCUAAGUGUUGUGAACUAUAUAUCCACACUGCUCCCUCCUGGCAGUGACCUCUCCUUGCACCUCAGCUGUCUCAGAGAUAUUAAUGGUUACUGUUUCAUCAAUACGCCUGUAUAAGUAGGAAUCUAAUUCAUGUCUUCACCUCCUCAAACAGUUAUGUGCAAUGAGUCUUGAAUGAUUAGCUGACACUACAAACAUUCCAAGUACAGCUGAUGGUUUGGAACCAUAAACCAAGUCUACUGACGCAGAGAAUGAACUUUCAGUUCUCCCCCAGACGUUUGGCCCUAGAUUAACCGUACUAUUCACUGGUAUGGUCAUACCAACUCUGCUAACAUAAAAGUCUAUUUAAAGAUCUUAUAGGAUGUGUUACAAUGUGGCACAUACUGUAUAUUUUCAAUUCAAAAGAAUAUAAUAUAUGUCAUGGACUGACUCAGGGGGCCAAUGUUAAAGCUGUCAUUACUGAUCCAUUAUUGUCCCUAUUUAUACAAGUAAUUUUGCCGCACACAAGCAGCUCCCAUGAUUUAGAUUAGGUUGGUCACUUACAUAAAGGGAUAAUUCAGGAUUUUUGAAGUGGGGCUGUAUGAGGUAUUCAUCAGUAGUCAGUGUACUACGUGCAGUAGAUUGAGGUUGACGUGUCCCCAGUUUGAAGAUCAGAGAGUGUUACCGGUACUGAAGCUAAGCAAUGUACUGCAGUUGACAGGGUCAGCUGCAAAAUGUGUUUGAGCCACCUAAAAGAGGGCCCACAGAAAAUAAAAAUCAGGUUUAGUGUAUGCUAUGUGUUUAAUAUUUUCCGCACUUUACCUUGCCUUCGGACAGCCAUUUCCUUUGAAAUUACAUUAUCUCAGCCAUAGAACUGACAUCAGCUGUUUUGGUCAGAAAGUAUUGUUGCACAAUCAGUCUGUUUUGCUGCUGACCCUGUCUACAGCAAUACAUUGCCUAGCUUUCUUGCCAGUACACUCUCUUUUCCUUUUUUCUCUUUUCUCCAAACUGUGGACAUGCUGACCUCAUCUAUUACAGGUAUUACACUGAUUGUGGAUAAGUACCUCAAACAGCCCCACUUUGAAAAACCCAAACUAUCCCUUUAAAGCAGCACUGUAUAGCACUUUCAAGAAACAUGCGUAGAAUUUUAAAUCAACGUUUGAGUUCAUGAACUAUAUAAGUGGAGAGUUAUGCCUGUUCACUUGUACCUUAAUAUCUUGUUGUGAAAGUUCUCGUUCCUGUUUGCGACUAAAAAUGCAAAGUCAUGAGAAACAAUUGCUUCAGAAUCUCAGCACAGAUGUUGUUGAAGGUGGACUAUUCUUGUGAAUUGAUGUAUGUUAAUGUGAAUUUUCUAUUAAACUUAAAUAGUGCGUUAGCCAUCUUAUGAAAAGUAAACCUAUUACAUGUGAACCCUUUUUUAUGGAGUGAAAAAAGUCAUCACUCAGCUGAAUGUUUACUAAAUGUUUGCAAGCUAUUUUCGCACUACUUUUUGUCACUGUUAAGGUAAUGAAGCCUGUUGCAACACGUGGUGUCCUGUGGUAUUUAUGAAAAAGCAAGUGUACGUGCUGUAUCAACUGUAUUUAAAUAAAUUGUGUCCAUGUUG